CAUCUCUGUGUGUGUGUUUGUUGAGACAUUCCUUCGUUCUCUGUCCUACAUUAAAGCAUGCCACACUUCCUAACUGGGUUUCAGUCACUCAGCCUCCCACUUCACACUUCUCUUCUCUGAAGCUAACUCAGACACCGCCACCAUGUCAAAGAAGAUGGUCAUUCAGCAGCCCAAUCACUUUGUUCAGGCCGUCACAUCAAACCAAUGGAGCUCCGAAAUCUGUGACUGCACCCAGGAUAUGUCUUCGUGUUGCUUUGCAUUCUGGUGCUUCCCCUGUUUUGCCUGUAUAACAGCAAAAGAGGCUGGGGAGUGUCUGUGUCUGCCUCUGCUAGACGGUUACAGCCUCAUCCCCCCAGCCACCAUGUCCAUGAGGGUGGGCAUGCGCAAGCGCUACGGCAUCGAGGGCACCAUGUGUAAUGACUGUGUCUAUUCCUUCUUCUGCCUGCCCUGCACCUGGUGUCAAAUGUCACGAGAGAUGAAGACCCGCCUCCAACCCAUCACUCUCAUCAAUGCACACACAAGAUAAGGAAAGAUCUCACUCGUUCUCAUACUCCUCUUCAUCAUCACUGUCGCGUAGAGUAGGUCAGAAGGCAAACUGAAAAACCUCACCUCUAUCAAAUAAAAGGAUGGUGGACCAGCAAAAGUACUUCUGUGCAAGGGUGUUUAUUUACAUAAUGAAUCUGGAAGAAAAACAACAGUACUGCCAUCAAAAGUAUAAGACAGCUUUUUAAAAAAAUAAAAAAAUAAAAAAAAGAGGAGGAAAAAAUUCUAAUUAAUUUAUAAAAAAUAUAUUGGUGCCCCAUCAACAGCUCAAUCCAACAUGCCCCCCUCCCCUUUAAACUGAAAGGGAGGCAGGUUUUGUAGGGGAAGCCCAUCCCAUCAGAAACUACCAAACAAAUUAAUUAAGCAAUUACCAUCAUCAAAGCCUACAUUUUCCCACUCAGCUAAACAUCACGAAUUAUAUACAUUGCACAUUUGCAAUCUGUUUCUCAUGAUACAAUAUAACACAUUUACAAAAUCCCAUUACUACUGACAUGGUGUCUUCCAACAUGUCCAUUCACAUGCACGAGCCAUUCGGAACAGGCACUACAAAGCCAGUCCUAUUGCCAUAGCUCUGGUCCUUAUCCCAACAUACCCGGAAGCUACAGAGACGGAGAGAGGAAUAGAAGCAAACAAACAGAGCGCUCAUUCAUAACAUUGAUAAGUACAAUAAACGUUGCUUAACAUGAA